UACACACACACACAGGAAGUUCCCAGUGACUUGACUUGACUCAGCAGCUGUCGUGAAAAAGUGCCAGCGUGUCAAUCAACAAGUCACUUUGUGUUCUGACUCAACGGCAACUUGACAAGACGUGGAACUCAGCGUGUGUGUAGAAGUGAGUGUGUGUGUGUGUGUGCACGUCCAGGAUGAGGGUGUGUGUCCUGGUGUUGUGUGUGUGUUGUGUGUGUUGGUGGAGGACCUGCGCUCAGGACACAACGUACCUUAUCAGUGCCCCCCUGUGGUUGCGUGUGGACGCAUUGGAGACAGUGUUGCUGCAAUUGUUUGGCUUUACCGAGGAGGUGAGGGUCUACGUGUUCUUGAAGACCUCCAUGGCUCCAGACCAGGUGGUUCUGGCCCGUGAUGUGGUGACCCUCAACAGUCAGAACCAGCACCAGGCCACCGCCUCGCUCCGGAUCUUCUCAAGUCAGCUGGACAAGGGUGUGGAUCACGUGAUUCUCCACGUCCAAUCAGCACAGAUCAACAGGCACCUGUCACUUCCUGUCAGCCGCUCCAAUGGGUUCCUCUUGGUCCAGACGGACAAACCUCUGUACACUCCCCAGCAGAGCGUCAAGGUGCGAGCCUUUUCCCUCAACCAGGAGCUGCAUCCGGCCAAUCGGACCGUCUUCCUAACCUUCAAGGACCCAGAUCAUCAGACGGUGGAUGUGGUGGAGAUGUUGGACCUCAACAAUGGAAUCCCAUCUAUGCAGAACCCCUUCAAGAUCCCCAUCAAGCCAAAGUUAGGAACGUGGUCCAUCGAAGCCUCGUAUUCUGAUGACUUCAGCACCAAAGCCAGAGCAGACUUUGAGAUUCGAGAAUAUGUUCUUCCCAGUUUUACCAUCGUGGUCCAGCCGGAGGUCAGCUUCAUCAGCUUUGGAAACUUCCAGCGGUUCUGCUUCAAGGUGUCAGCCAGGUACCUUCAUGGCGCUCCCGUCGCUCAUGGCGAAGUGUUCCUGCGCUUCGGCUUUGUGAGCAAAAAAGAACUUCCUGUUAUCAUCCCCAACUCUGUGAUCCGAGAAAGGUUGUUGUCCUCAGGUGACGUGGACGUGUGUGUCAACAUAGAGAAGGUUCUGUCCAAACAUGAUGGACCCAAAGACCUGCACAGUUUCAUUGGGAAGUUCUUGUAUAUUGCUGUCCUGCUGCAGGAGGACUCAGGUGGCAUUAGCCAGGAAGCGGAGUUUUCAGCUGUGAAGUUUGUUAAAUCUCCUUACAGUCUCAGUCUGGUGUCCACACCCCCUUUCAUCAAACCUGGACUCCCUUACAACAUCCAGGUGCUGGUGAAGGACCACCUGGACAAGCCGGUGAGCCAGGUACUCAUUCGUCUGGUAGAGCAAAGAAUGUUCGGCCAAGCGCGAGACCUCCACAUCCCACCCUGUCCUGAAGAGGCCAACAGCCAAUCAGAUGGCCUUGCCAUUUUUGUCUGCAACACGCCCAUAGAGGGUGUCAGGGCUUCUUUGAGGUUUGAGACGGCAGACUCCGCCCUCCCGGCCGCCAGUCAGGCCAGCCUGAGUUUGGAGGCGGUGGCCUACCACUCGCCAAACCGCCGUUACCUUUACAUUGACCCCCCGCUGCCAGGCAACAGCCUGCAGGUGGGACAUUACACCAACAUCAAGGUGUAUUCAGCCACGCCCUCCUACGUUCCGGUCAAAGUGCUCAGCUUCCUGGUGCUUUCGAAAGGGAAGGUCGUACAUUUUGGAAGCCAAAAGUUUGUCACUAGCAGCGACCACAAACAAACGCUGAGCUUCGUGGUGACGAGCGCCAUGGUCCCGUCAAUCCGCCUGCUGGUCUACUACAUCCUGUAUGGCGAAGCUAGGUCUGAACUGGUGGCCGACUCUGUAUGGCUGGAAGUCCGAGACAAGUGUGUCAGUGGACUCACAACUGAGCUGUCAUAUGAAGCGCGGAACUACAGGCCAAAGGACAACCUUCAGCUGGAUAUCAGGACCAAUCAGGAGGGCCUGGUGGCCCUCUCUGCUGUAGACUCCGCCCUCUUAAACUUGUAUCCAAACUACAGGGACACUGUAACCAUGGUGCUGCGUCACAUCGAGCAAAGUGACCUCGGAUGCGGAGGGGGCGGCGGCAAAGACGCAGCCGAUGUCUUCCGAUUGGCCGGCCUCACCUUCAUCACUAAUGCCAACACCCAGCCGUCAACCAGCAGUGCAAAGUGCACGGCGGCUGUGCGGCCCACACGAGCGUUGACGGAAGAGAUGAAGGAAGCGAAAGCCGCCUCGUUUGGACCUUUGAAGAGAUGCUGUGAGUACGGCAUGAAGUACAUCCCCAGGAGCGUCACCUGCCACGAUUUUGCAGGGCAGACGUUCAGACAUAGACGGCAUCAUCCGCAAUGUCAACACAUCUUCACCACCUGCUGUGAAUUCAUCCAGCAGCACCUGGACCAGGACCAGAAACUCAGCCGCCACGACAUGGGGGCUAACUUUGACGCAGUACCAUCUCUGGUCAGGAGUUUCUUUCCUGAGAGCUGGCUGUGGGAGGUCCAUCCCACCAGAGGAGGUCAGCAGUCCCUCAUCAAGACUCUUCCUGACUCUCUGACCACAUGGCAGUUCAAGGCCAUCGGAAUGUUCAGGAACGGCAUUUGCGUAUCCGAGCCGGUCCAGGUGUCUGUCAGACUGCCGCUCAGUGUGGACGUGCCGCUGCCUUACCAGGUGGUGCGAGGUGAGCAGCUGGAGCUGAGUGGUUCCGUGUACAACCAGCGGGAGGACGACGUCACGUACUGCGUCACGCUGACGGCGGGGCCGGAGAUGUGCAUUCUCCAGUCACAGCCAGCCGCCACAGGGACAGGUUUUCAUUCCACCGCCUGCAUCUGGAGCCCACUGCCGGCAAAUGGUGUGGGCAAGGUGGCCUUCACACUCAUGGGCCUGACGGCAGGAGAAUACACUCUGACCUUCACCCUGAAAACCCGCCAAGGAGUAAGCGACAUCGUGGAGAAGACGCUCACAGUGGUGCCCGAAGGCGUUAAGAUGGAGGAAUAUUCUGGAGGGACAUUGGACCCACAGGGACUUUACGGUUCUGAGAAGACAACCGUAGUGCUGAAGAACCAACCACCCGCCAACAUGGUUCCCAACACGGCAGUGGAAAGAAUGGUGACCAUCAGCGGUGAGAUUUUGGGAGACGUUCUCUCGGUGGUCUUCGACCCUGAAGGCCUGCGACAGCUCGUAAACUUGCCUGGCGGAUCGGUAGAGGCGGAGCUUGGCAGAAUCCUCCCUCUGGCGCACGUGUACCAGUACCUGGAGACCACCAGGAAGUGGGAUGUCCUUGGAGGAAGCAUCCAAAAGAACUCAGACUACCUCAAACAGCAGAUCAGAGAAGGACUGGUCAGCAUCACUUCUUUCAGACGUGGAGACUCCAGUUACAGCAUGUGGACCAAGAGAGAAGCUAGCACCUGGCUGACGGCGGCAGUGGUUCGCACACUGGCCACCGUGGAUCCUGUAGUCAAAGUAGACCGUCAAGCUCUGUCAGAGUCUCUCUCGUGGCUGAUCCACAACGCUCAGAACCAGGACGGAUCUUUCUCCGACAAGUCGUCCUUCAGACCCAACAGAUUCAUGGCUGAGGGGGUGGAGCCUCGUGAGCGCUCCGUAUACCUCACGUCCUUUGUCCUCAUUGCGUUACAUCGAGCGACCAGCAUCCAAGAACGCAUCCUGCAGCUUAGAUUCCACGAUGACAGCAAGAGGUCAGCCGCCAACUACAUUUCCCAGGAUGCCCUCAACCUGAAGAGCGUGUACGUGCGCGCCCUCGCCACCUAUGCCCUCACCCUUCAUGACCCCAACGCAGCCAUCAGCAUCACCCUUAUCAAGAGCCUGGAGACGCUCGCUCGACAGAAAGGGCACCCGGCGGUGCUCAGGUACUGGCAGGAGCCCAACAUGGCGUCUGAUUGGCUCAGACCUGACCAAUCCAGCGGACUAACAGUGGAGACAACAGCGUACGUCUUGCUGACCAUGCUGCUGAAGGGCAGGAUCCAGUACGCCAACCCCAUUAUGUCCUGGCUGACCCAGGAUCAGCACUAUGGACAAGGUUUCUUCUCAGUGCAGGACACCAUCCUCACUCUGGAGGCGAUAACAGAGUACAGUAGGGUCAUCCCUCGAGCUGUCCUCAAUCAGGACAUCACAGUCCGCUCAAGCCUCAAAGGAGAUCUUGCUCGUGUCCAGCUCAGCCAGAGCCGACCUGUGGCCACACCCAUACAGGUGUUGCAGGACGAUGUCAUCACCGUGUCCACGGGAUACGGGAGGGGCGUGUCAAACAUCAAGAUGAAGGCGGUCUACUACCAGAUGACUCAGCCCUCUCAUAACUGUAACUUUGACAUCAGCAUCGAGACGGUUGGCGCCGGCGCCUCAGAUAUCUCCUCCUCCUCAGGUGCCAGCAUGCGUGCUCCGCACCUGUCUGCUUGUGCCAAGUACAAGCCUCCUCCUAACGAGGUGGUCACAGAGUCCACAAUGACCGUGAUGAAGAUCCAGCUGCCAUCAGGUGUGGAGGCGCAUCUGGAGGACCUGCGACAGUUCAGAGAUGCCAUGGAGCCAAUCAUCUCACACUACGAGCUUCAGGGCAACACGGUGGUCAUUCAGAUGGACUCUGUUCCCUCUGACAUCUUCUUGUGCGUUGGCUUUCGGAUCCGGGAGGGGUUCAAGGUGGAUGGAGCCAGCAAGUCCCUGCUGACUGUGUUUGAGCCUCAGGACAAAGGAAGUUUGUGCAGCAAACACUUUUCCUAUCAAGAGCAGAAGCUCCAGCGCCUCUGUGUGGCUGAACAGUGCCAAUGCAUGACAGCUGCAUGUGCGGCCUAUAGAGGGACCUUUGACCUGACCUUGACAGCCGCCAAACGCCAGCAGGAAACGUGUCGGGGUCACAUCAAAUACGCUUACAAGGUGGCCGUCACGUCUCAGGAAGCAGAAGGAGACUUUGUGACCUUCAAAGCCACCGUAGUUGAAGUCCUGAAGAACACAGACAAAGCCUUUGAGGCGGUGAGUUCGGGCACGGAGGUGGAGCUGAUUAAGAAGGUCACGUGCAGCUCAAUGGACAUCCAGAACCUCAAGCAGUACCUGGUGAUGGGAUCCAGAGGGUCAGAGGUCAAGCUGAGCCACGCUACCAAGUACCGUCUGCCACUGGACUCUGACGCCACGGUGGACCCAUGGCCCGCCCAAUGUACUUCUUCUGCCUGCUCAGACUACAUGUCCCACCUGGACGAGUACGCGCUGGACCUCCAGUUGUUCAGCUGCCCUGCACAGUGAUUGAUGUUUACAUGACGCACUACAAUCAUGAUAUAAUUAAGCAAGUCUGAUACUAAUAAACUGUGAUCACAACAUCAUGCACAUGCUCUCAUUCACAAACACUGUGAUGUAGUGUGUUACGGAGUGUGUAAUGUAGUGUGCAUGUAGCGCGUCAUGUAAUUUAUAAUGUAGUGUUUCAUAUAGUGUGUCGUGUGGUCUGUAAUGUAGCGUGCAUGUAGUGUGUGAUGUAGUGUGCAUGUAGCCUGUCAUGUUUUUGUAAUGUAGUAUUUCAUGUAGCGUGUAAUGGUGUGUCAUGUAGUGAGUACGGCUAGUUAAGUGGUUACCAUGGAGACAGAGGGUUCAUCUUGGGGGUUCCUGUGGGGGUCCCAAUGAGGGGUGGGAGCUUUCCUUCACCUCCUUGACCGUGUAGUGUGUACUGUAGUGUAGUGGUUCACUAGAAAGCUGCAAUGCAUUGCAAUGCUCCAUGAACUGACAAUGGUUACUGUAAAAAAAAAAUUGCAAAUACGCAAAGUUUCAGCUGGACCACGAGGCCAACAGUCCAGACAUCGGACACAAUCCACUGGUCCAUGACGCCGUGACCACGCCUCCUCACGUGUGCCCCGCCUCCAGCUCCUCCUCCUUGCCGCUCCAGGAAGUUCAUGUGAUCACACAGUCUUUCACACAGGAGACCAUGACGUACAACAUGUAAACAUGUAGAGUUUGCUUUCAUUACAAGUGUUUUUCAUGACUUAUAAGAGAGAUAUAAUAAAAAAUAAUAUAAUAAUC